CAAGCUUCCGAGAUUCCAUUCUUGAAAAUUGAUGACUGAGAAAGGUCAAGGUCAUAAGAUGGAGUAAAUUUUACCAUUUCAACGGUACUAAACUAGACGUGUCUUCUAUUUUUUCUUUCCUCCUCCUUAGCUUAUAUGACAGAAAGGAGACAGAGAAUGGUCCACUGGCCCGAGUCAUCUCUUUUCUAACAAGCACUAGAUUCAGAUCUGGAUCCAAUUUUACCGAGAUCAUCUGUCCUUGCACCCUUGCUCAUGUGGGUUUUGCUCCUUUUGCACUGAGGAGUUGUGUACAAUUCCUACAAGGAGCAAGAAACCCGCCCCUGUAAAAAUCUCGGAUUGGUAUUAGAUUUUCUCGUGUUGUUCGGUUUCCAUUGGAUCUAAAAAAUGGGAUCCCAUGAAGGUAACAUUAUCAAUGGGAAUGGAGUUUUUGGAAGGGAUAUGGAAAUAUCGGUGCUGCCUUUGGGCACUAAGAAUAAGUACAAAAGAAUGGAUUCUCAAUUGACUGAUGGUGGUGAUGAUGAUUUACAUCAUCAGGCGGAAUUGGAGAAUAGGAGAAAGACUACAAGGAAGUUUGUUUUUGCUUGUGCCGUUUUUGCAUCUCUCAACAAUGUCCUCCUUGGAUAUGAUGUAGGUGUAAUGAGUGGGGCAAUCUUGUUCAUUCACCAAGAUUUGAAUAUAUCAGAGGUCCAGGAAGAAAUUCUGGUUGGUAUUCUGAGCAUUAUUUCAAUCUUUGGUAGUUUAGCUGGUGGAAGAAUAUCAGAUGCCAUUGGCAGAAAGUGGUCUAUGGGUUUGGCUGCUUUCAUCUUCCAAGCAGGAGCAGGAAUAAUGGCUGUAGCCCCCUCAUUUGAGAUACUAAUGAUAGGAAGAAUAUUGGCUGGAAUUGGAAUUGGCUUUGGAGUCAUGAUUGCACCUGUCUAUAUUGCAGAGAUAUCACCUACUGUUGCUAGAGGCUCACUCACCUCCUUUCCAGAAAUUUUCAUUAAUAUCGGAAUCCUUUUUGGUUAUGUCUCUAAUUAUGCAUUUUCCGGGCUUUCAGCACACAUAAAUUGGAGGAUAAUGCUGGCUGUGGGAAUUUUUCCCUCAGUUUUGAUAGCAUUUGCUCUUUUCGUAAUCCCCGAGUCGCCAAGGUGGUUAGUUGUGCAGAACCGAGUCGAAGAAGCUAAGUCGGUUCUGGCCAAAACAAAUGAUAAUGAUGCAGAGGUGGAGCUGAGGCUAGCAGAAAUUCAAUUAGCUGCUGGAAAUGAUGCACAAAAGUACGAAGACAAGCCUGUCUGGCGUGAAUUUUUAAGUCCUUCUCCUGCACUGCGCAAGAUGUUGAUCACUGCAUUUGGAAUCCAGUGUUACCAACAGAUUACUGGUAUUGAUGCAACUGUUUAUUAUAGUCCUGAGAUCUUUAAAGCUGCUGGUAUUGAGGGUGAGUCGAAGCUUCUUGUUGCUACUGUAGCUGUGGGUGUUACAAAGACGGUAUUUAUACUUGUAGCGAUUUUUUUAAUUGACAAAGCCGGAAGGAGGCCUCUCUUGUUGGCAAGCACAGUGGGGAUGACUACAUGUUUAUUCACAGUGGCAUUCAGCCUUUCUUUACUAGGACAUGGAUCUGUGGGGAUCGCUUUGGCAGUACUGUCAGUUUGUGGAAAUGUAGCGUUCUUUUCUGUGGGGAUGGGUCCAAUUUGCUGGGUGUUGACAUCUGAAAUAUUCCCUUUAAGGUUUCGUGCUCAAGCAUCGGCCCUUGGAUCGGUGGGUAAUAGGGUGUGCAGUGGUCUGGUAGCCAUGUCCUUCCUCUCUGUUUCUCGUGCAAUUACCGUUGCUGGCACCUUUUUUCUCUUUGGUGCAAUUUCAGCAACUGCUAUUGUCUUUGUUUACAUGAUUGUUCCAGAAACGAAAGGCAAAUCUCUUGAGGAAAUCGAGCAAAUGUUUGAGACUGGAUGUCAGUCUCAAGACAGUGAAGUGCAACUUGGAGAUGUUGAACGUCUAGUGCAGAAACAGUGACUUUGGAUGCAUUCUUGCUUGAGCCUGUCCAGAAAGAUUGUAUGGCUAAUUUAUAGCUCCAAGUCUGUGAAUCUUGGGAUUUGUCAUUUGUUCCUUGCAAUCAGGAUUCAUGGAGAAAAGUCUUUGUGGGGCAUCAACGCUUCUGCAGUCCACUGCGAGGUCCCUCUUGAGUAGUAAUAGAUAAAGAUUAGUCACACGAGAUUAUACUAUGUUGUUGUAGCUAUAGGCUUGUACACGAUGAGAGUAGGUACAAACAAGAUGGAAAAUCUACCAUUCUUUGGUGCUUCCACCAAUUUAUGCUUCACAUGAAUGCUAUCACUUGUACAUGUUACUGAUGUUCUGAUUUGUCACAUCACAAGAUAAAUAGACCAUUUUCUGGUCAUAUCCUAUAACGGCAAUUGGUGACU